UGCCCAUUGGCGCGUUAUAUAGACUUAACAUAAUUCAUUCAUUAAUAGAAAAUAGUUUAAUCCGAAGUUUGUUAUAUAUAGACAGUUUUACGGAUUUGUACAAGAGCAAAUCUACCCGUUUCAGAAAGAUAAAUCUACAAGGAAACAGUAUGACCAAGACACGGAAGACCGGUAUGAAGUCAUCACACUACACCACGGUAGUGUUACCCCCGUGCAAGGUGUGUGGCGGUGAGUCGACAGGUUACCAUUUUGGGGUCAUCACAUGCGAGGCGUGUAAGGCUUUCUUUCGGCGUUCAUUGGUACAGAAGCGCAAACCUAAAUGCAAGAAGAAUGGGGAACUCGGAAAGUGCCACAUAGAUUUUACAAAGUCAAACAACUGCUCAGCAUGUAGACUGAGCAAAUGUUUAAAGCUUGGAAUGUCUAGAGAAAGUAUUCGCCGGGGCCGUUUCUCUUUGCCACUAAGGACUCAAGCCAUCGUUGAAGCAAACAGUUUAGAAAACAAGGGCUAUAACUCUGCCAUGGAGGAAAGCGACGCGUCUACGCCUUCGUCAACCAUUUCUGACUCAUCAGACGACAGUUUGAGCCUGGUACCAUUUGCAGAAUCAAAGUCGUAUAACAGUUAUAGCCCGACUAGGGACGCUGCCCUUGGCCUGGUGCAAUCCAGUGAGAUGGAAUGCCUCAUUGAUGCGCUGGUUUCAUGUCAGGAGGUCGUGUAUCCGAGUCUCAAAAAACAUUUCCUUCAACCACUGAAUGAAAUACAUGAUAAUGUUUACAAAGAGUUUAAUCUAAAGCAAGAAAUAUUCGAAGACGUAUUCGGGACUUCAAAGAAGCUCUCCACCGAGGAGUACCAAACGGUGUUCGCAGAGACCGGUCUUGACCUAGAUGACAGGCUGACCCAGUUUGACAUGUACGGUCGGGCGAUGGAGGAAAGCAUCGUGCAAUAUAGAAACUUUGUGAGACUUGUACCCGGCUUCAAGACUGUUAGCACUGAUGAUGCAUCUGUACUAAUGAAAGCUGCACAUCUUGAAGUCUGGUUCUUUGGCAGUCAUAUGUUAUUUAACAAGGAGCUGGGCGUGGCUUUGUGCUGGGAUGGAUCUCAGAAUGGCACCAAGGAGCACAUGACGAGGUUUUUCCCGGAAGAAUGGAUAGAUCUGAACUUUGAAUUUGCCGAUAGGCUUAGCAAGCUUAAACUUUCCUUCGAAGAGAUUGCUCUCAUCCGGGCAAUUGUUCUAACGUCUGCAGACCGGUGUGCAGUUAAAGACAAAGGUUCAGUGCAAAGUCUUCAAGAAAGGUUUAUGGAAUGUUUACGUCACUACCUGACGAAAACAAGCACGGCACCAGGACGGCGUUUAUACAAGAUAUUUGAUAGUCUUCUUGCUGUGCGGUCUCUUAACAGAAUGAACAUCACUGUUAACAAACAAUUUCUCUCCCAGUGGGAAUUUAUUAUGCAAGACUUCCCCUUAUGGAAAGAUAUGCUUUCUUACGAUGACUGUUAAAGUGUCAUAAAAUUCGGAUAAAUUAUAUUUGAACACAUCAUGUACGUCCACUUAAUUGAAUACGGUUUCUAUCGACUCUGCCAUAAAACUGACUAACUUCCGUAUUUAUAAAUUGUAAAGAAUAAGUGAAUUGAGGGUGAAAAUGAGUUAUGGCCAUUCACGUUAAAGUCAAGUUUUAGUUAGAAAGUACUUGAACAUUUGAUUUUGUUUUGUAGAAUUUCGUCGUAUGUAAGCUGUUUAUAACCACACGAAAGUGUAAAAGGAAGUAAGGCAAAUGUUAAAGUGUUGUUUAUAUGAAUAUCUAGUCGGUGAAAAGAAUUGAAUGCUUAGCAAUUCUAUCUUUUUUUUUUUUGCUUUUAAAGAUUAUAAAUGUACAUGUUUUGUCGUGUAUAUACAGGUCUCCACACUAAAAGAAAAUCUUGCUUGCUAGUAAAAUUGUCGUUCGCUUA